GCAGCCUGAGCGCCUGGCGGGGGCUCCGCUCCGCGCCCGGAGCUGGGACGGGGCCGGCACCGGCGGCACAGCAAAGCUCCACGGCUCCGCGACACUGCCCCGCUGCCCCGGCCAUGGGGAAGGGGCUGGAGGGGACAGCGGCCCGCUGCGGGCUGGGACUGGGAUACCUGCUGCAGACGGUGGUGCUCCCCGCCCUGGCCGUCCUGGGGGCCAGCCGCCCCGGCUCCGCGGCGCAAGAUGAUGACUUUUUUCAUGAGCUUCCAGAAACUUUUCCAUCUGAUCCUCCAGAGCCAUUGCCUCACUUCCUCAUUGAACCUGAAGAGGCUUACAUUGUGAAGAACAAGCCUGUGAAUCUGUACUGCAAAGCAAGCCCAGCCACACAAAUCUAUUUUAAGUGCAACAGCGAGUGGGUUCAUCAGAAGGACCAUGUGGUGGACGAGAGAGUAGAUGAAACCUCUGGUCUGAUUGUGCGGGAGGUGAGCAUCGAGAUCUCGCGGCAGCAGGUGGAGGAGCUCUUUGGGCCGGAGGAUUACUGGUGCCAGUGCGUGGCCUGGAGCUCGGCGGGCACCACCAAGAGCCGCAAAGCCUACGUGCGCAUCGCCUAUCUCCGGAAAACUUUUGAGCAGGAGCCCUUAGGGAAAGAAGUGUCCCUGGAGCAAGAGGUCCUGCUCCAGUGCCGUCCCCCUGAAGGGAUCCCAGUGGCUGAGGUGGAGUGGCUGAAGAAUGAAGAGGUGAUUGAUCCUGUGGAAGACCGAAACUUCUACAUCACCAUUGAUCACAACCUGAUCAUCAAGCAAGCCCGGCUUUCUGACACCGCCAACUACACCUGUGUUGCAAAAAACAUCGUGGCCAAAAGGAAAAGCACCACAGCCACUGUGAUAGUCUAUGUGAACGGAGGCUGGUCCACCUGGACAGAGUGGUCUGUGUGCAACAGCCGCUGCGGGAGAGGCUUCCAGAAGCGCACGAGGACCUGCACCAACCCUGCCCCGCUCAACGGCGGCGCCUUCUGCGAGGGCCAGAGCGUCCAGAAAAUAGCUUGCACCACUCUGUGUCCAGUGGAUGGCAAGUGGACAUCCUGGAGCAAGUGGUCCACGUGUGGCACAGAGUGCACCCACUGGCGCCGCAGAGAGUGCACGGCCCCAGCUCCCAAGAACGGGGGCAAGGACUGCGAGGGGCUGGUGCUGCAGUCCAAGAACUGCACAGAUGGGCUCUGCAUGCAGGCUGCUCCUGACUCAGAUGAUGUUGCUCUCUACGUGGGGAUUGUCAUCGCCGUGAUCGUGUGCCUGGCCAUUUCCGUGGUCGUGGCCCUGUUUGUGUACCGCAAGAACCACCGGGACUUCGAGUCGGAUAUCAUCGACUCCUCGGCACUAAAUGGGGGAUUUCAGCCUGUCAACAUCAAGGCUGCAAGGCAAGACCUCCUGGCAGUGCCACCAGACCUCACUUCUGCGGCAGCCAUGUACAGAGGUCCCGUGUACGCCUUGCAUGAUGUCUCUGAUAAAAUCCCAAUGACCAACUCUCCAAUCCUGGACCCGCUCCCCAACUUGAAGAUCAAGGUCUAUAACACCUCUGGUGCAGUCACUCCCCAGGAUGACCUCUCUGACUUCUCCUCCAAGCUAUCCCCACAGAUCACACAGUCUCUGCUGGAGAAUGAGACCCUGAACAUGAAGAACCAGAGCCUUGCUCGGCAAACUGACCCGUCAUGCACUGCCUUUGGGACCUUCAACUCCUUAGGAGGCCACCUAGUAAUUCCCAAUUCAGGAGUAAGUUUGCUGAUCCCAGCAGGAGCCGUUCCACAAGGGAGAGUCUAUGAAAUGUAUCUGACAGUUCACAGGAAGGAGAACAUGAGGCCACCAGUAGAAGACAGCCAAACGCUGCUGACACCAGUGGUGAGCUGUGGCCCACCAGGAGCCCUGCUGACCCGGCCUGUCAUUCUAACCAUGCACCACUGUGCAGAGCCAAACACAGAGGACUGGCAGAUCCAGCUGAAGCACCAGGCUGCCCAGGGACCGUGGGAGGAUGUGGUGGUAGUCGGAGAGGAAAACUUCACCACGCCGUGCUAUAUCCAGCUGGACCCAGAGGCCUGCCACAUCCUGACAGAAACCCUCAGCACCUAUGCCUUGGUGGGACAGUCAGUCACCAAGGCAGCAGCCAAACGUCUCAAACUGGCCAUCUUUGGACCGUUGUCCUGCUCUUCCCUGGAGUACAGCAUCCGGGUCUACUGCCUCGAUGACAUGCAGGAUGCUCUUAAGGAAGUCCUCCAGCUUGAGCAGCAGAUGGGUGGGCAGCUUUUGGAAGAGCCUAAAACUUUGCAUUUCAAGGGAAGCACCCACAACCUCCGUCUGUCCAUUCAUGACAUUGCCCAUUCCCUCUGGAAGAGCAAGCUGCUGGCUAAAUACCAGGAAAUUCCCUUUUACCACAUCUGGAGUGGAUGUCAGAGGAACCUGCACUGCACCUUCACACUGGAAAGGUUCAGUCUGAACACCCAGGAGCUGGUGUGCAAACUGUGCGUGCGACAGGUCGAAGGAGAAGGACAGAUCUUCCAGCUUAACUGUUCUGUCUCAGAGGAGCCUACUGGUGUUGAUUACCCUCCCAUGGACUCAGCGGGCACCAUCACCACCAUCGUGGGGCCCAGCGCUUUCAGCAUCCCCCACCCGAUAAGGCAGAAGCUGUGCAGCAGCCUGGACGCUCCCCAGACCAGGGGCCACGACUGGCGCAUGCUGGCCCACAAGCUGAAACUGGACAGGUACUUAAAUUAUUUUGCUACGAAAUCAAGUCCCACCGGGGUGAUCCUGGAUCUCUGGGAAGCCCAGAAUUUCCCUGAUGGCAACCUGAGCAUGCUGGCAGCAGUUCUGGAAGAAAUGGGAAGACACGAAACAGUUGUUUCUUUGGCAGCAGAAGGAAAUUACUGAUGCAGCCUUGGCAUGACCAGGAAGGACAGACGCGGGGAGCGGUAAUGCCCUGUUAUUGCAAAGGAGAAUUGAAAUGAAAACCCAGACCAAUGAGUGAACACAAGAGACAUUUCAGAGAAGAAAGCAAGCAAACAAACAGAAAAAAACCAGCCCUGACCUUCACACGUGCUCUCCUUGUACAUUAUCACAGGAUCAGAAAGAGAUCAUGCAAAGUUGUACCUUGAAAAUAUAAAUCAACCUAAUGUUCCUCUCGGCUUGGCUGUACACUGCUUGGUACAGGUUUUUACAGUUUCCUAGGAAACGCUUUUUAUUGCUAUCCAGAUAUAUGGAUAAACUUUCUUAACAAUCCCAGUUUCUAUGGAUGUUGUUUACAUCAAAUUCUGGACAGGGGUAAGGAAACUGUCCAUGGCUCUUUAUAUUUUUUUGUUUAAAGCCAUUGUAGACAAGACUAUGGACAGUUGGUUGUGGCUAUUUCAGCUUAUUGGUUUCUGGUGAAUUCAGAUUUUGGCUACAAUUCUGCACAUUGGUUGUCUCACAAUGAUCCUCCUGUCAUUGUUCUGUUUCCUAGACCUACUUGUAAAAAAAAAAAAAAAAACAAACCAAGAAAAUCAGGGUGUGCAUCUGGAAAGCAGGUACUCUGGCUGAUAAGCAGGAACACACGAAAUGUUCCCUUUCUUCCCCAAGACAGUCCCACUGAGCCUUUUGUGGAGAAUAGCUCUUGGACAGUGGGGAAUGAAGGAUCUGAGUUAAUUUUCAAUUCACACCCUUUCCACCCCUUUGCUAUAUGAGGGGCCAGAUAUGCAAUUCAGAGUGGUUGGAGGGGAGGGGGAGAAACCCAGAAAAAAAUGUAAAAGAGAAGUUGCUAUGAUAGUUAUUUACUGAUUAGUAUCUAGUGCAAGGAUUAUAAUGACUAUUAUUAUUGCCAUUAUUACUUUAUUUCUAAUAUUGUCAGCAGCAGAAUGAAUAAUUUCUGGUUUUAUGGAACCUGUUGUCCCCUCCCUGAAGGUCUUUUUAAGACAUGUCCCUCUCUAUGCUGUCUGUCCUUCCAUUUGUCAUCAUACUCCUCCUCCAGAGUCCUCUGCCAGCCCACAGAGGCUGCUCACCUCUUGUUAGCAUUGCUGUGCUCCAUGGCCAGUGCCAAGGCAGCAUGAACUGGUGACACUCUGCUGAUCUUCACCUACCAAGUGUCUGACCCUGGCGUGACAGGUUGCUCCAAGAAGCUGUCCUGGGGUGGCUGUGAACCAGAGAUGGUGCAAGCAUGUGGAGGCACUGACAUCCUCCACCUGAUUUAUGCAUCCAAGGUGGGCCUCCAUAAUUUUUGCUUUGUUUUGUAGCAUUCUAAGAGCCAGAAGUUCCCCACAGAUCUGCAGGUCUCACUGAAACCCACCAGCUCCAGCAAUGCUUGCUGUGCCAGGGCUGCUGCCAGCCCAGCCCUCUGCUGGGUCACUUCUGUGUGAGAUGCACUUGGCAGAUCUCCAUGGACAUUCCCAGGCACUGCUGCAGCCAGGGAAGCCUGUGUUCCAUGGGGCAGUGCAGGGCAGUGGAGUGGUGAAGUUGAGAUCCUGUGUGCUGCAGUUUGCUGCCUUUGCUGCUCCUGCCACCACCGCUGCCUGGGCAGGGCAGUGCAGUCCUCGGUGGCUGGCCAGGGAACACUUGUCCCUCUACAGCCCUCACAAAACGGGUGAGAUGGGAGCUUUGCAAAAGGAGCAAACCAAAAAUGGUUGUCACUGCAAACGUAUUUUGUUCUGUUCACUGAAAAUUGUGGCUUUGGUACAUGACAGCACAUAGGAUUGCAGUAGUUUUACCACCUGACUGGGCUGUCAUUUAUGUCUGGCACAGAAAGGCUUGUCUGCCCCAACCUGUCCACUCCAGGUUCCCAGCAAGGCCCUGGUUGUUGCUGUGGUGCACACAUGCAUGCCCCUGCCCACGUACACAUUACCAUUCCAUAUGCUUCCCGAGACUGAAGUUAGCUUGUUCUCUUUUGUGCUUUUAGUUUUGCUUUCCCCAAGGCUUUCCAGAUUGCACCUUUGAAGGUAACUGAAAAUGUCAUCGGUCAAAAUGAAAAGAAAAUUUCAUCUGACCUUUUUUUCCAUUUGACAUUUCCACAGCCUUGUCACUUUUUGCUUAUAGUUCCCUGACCAGUGAGUUAGGUUUUGAUUUACCACCAGACAGCCAGCCCAAAAAGUUCUCUUCCUUGUAAGAGGUAACCAGGCAGUUUGCAAACCAGCAUUUCAGUCAAAACUGGAGACCAGAGGACAUUGUAGCUUUCAACAUCUGUGUGCAUUUUGCUCGUGUAAGCCCCACCUUCUCUUAAUGUGGAGAUG